CCUUCCCUCCACGGCGUGAGGGUUAUUAAUGAAAGAGGCUGCGUGGCCGCCGCUUCUAUUCAUGAGCUCAGUCGCGACGCAGCCGUCGCCCGCGCCGCCAGCAUUCCGUCUGCGCCUACCCCGCCACACCACACCACACAUUACCACCAUCACCACCAUAGCAGGAGACUUCCAGCUUACCCGAAUCAGCAUCUCGUCUCGCUACUUGGCCCCAUCUUCUCGUUGUUGUUGUUGUUAUUAUUGACCGACGAUUGCGGCCGAGCGCGGUCGGUGUGUAGUAUUAGGCCGUCGAUAAGCGGGUGGCGGGUUUUUUGUUUAGUUUUGACCGGUUCAAUUUGUUUGGGGUAGUGGUGGUGGGGGGGGAAACAACGUUGUUACUUGGCGCACGGCGAGCGGGUGGUUGAUGUGCGUUUGACAAUACGGCUGUUAAGUUGGUGGUUUGGUGGAAAGCGAUGGUUUUGUUUACGUUAAGCCCGUGUCGCUGUAUGUGCUCCCGCGUGUAAUAUCAGCACGUGAAUGAAAUGUACGAUUUGGUGAACGUUUAAUGUGUGGCGAAUACAAACUUAUUUUGCGCUGUAAUUUUACCGUUACUAUUCGCGCGCCACGGUUUAAACUUCGGUCGCUCAACCCCCCGGGACAGUAGUUUAGGUAGCAGGAGUUAACGAUGCCUGGCAACGUUAUUCGCGCAACGUAUUAACGACGUUGACGAUUUCUUUUCUUUCAUUUUUGUUUAACGAACGUUUGAGUUUAAAAAAAAACAAUGGUACAGCUGCGCGUGAAGAUUAUCAAGACACUGUUGGGCAAAGAGCGGCAAGGACAAACGUUGACGUUUACUUGUGCAUGCUAACGCUCGCAAGAAACCGGGCUUCGACACGGAAAUCCACGUUGUUUUUCGUCGCUGCAAGACAAUUAUUUUUUUUUGUUUUAACUUUCGAACCGAUAAGAAGCUUUUUGUUGCUGUUGUUGUUUUUGACGUCCUCAGAAAGAAAAAAAAACAUCCUUAGGCUCCCCCCCUGUUUUUUUUUUCACAACAGCGAUUCGGAAGAGCGUCGUGGCAGCUUUGGACCAAGCCUUUGUGUGUGUUAAUGAACUUCCGAGAGAAGUAAACUUUGAUCAAGGACCCGUGAAUAUUGCGACUCUGAAGAAACGGGAAAAAUUCCACGCUUCAAGAAAUACUUUGGAAGAUUGUUUCACGUAUCAUCAUCGCCGUCGUCACUUGUAAACUUAACAUUUUAAACCCCAUCCAUACAUCGCAGAUUGUUAUAUAUAUAUUUUUUAAAAUAACUAACAUAUCUAAUACACCACAUCAAGAUAAAUAUAAACAAACUAUGUUCGUAUCAUCAGAGUGAUUGCGUAAUUAAGUUGAUUUGACUUUUUAAAAAAAAAUCUUUCUAACGCAUCCUGUCAAACCUCGCCAAACAUUUCUCGUUUAAGUCGUUAACAUCGAGCCACGUUAAUAAACUAAACAACCAAGCGACAAUCGUCCAACUCAUCGCUGUGUGUCAAGCCCACAGCAUUGUGGAAUCAUAAGAACAACAAAAAAAACAUCCCAUCAUAAUUCAAACAAUCUUGCCAACAUCACACCGGAAUCCUCAUCAGCAGCAGCAUCGACCAACAAAGAAGAACCUCAGGGCGGGCGGGCGGAGGGCUUGACGACCUCAAGACCUGCUGCUGCUACAGCUGCUGCCGCUACAGCUACAGCUGCUACAGCUGCCGCCGCUACAGCUGCUGCCUCGUUCACUGCCACAGCCGCCGCUUGCCUCCUCGGCCCCAUCCUCGGCCAUGUCCAACCGCGCCAGGAGCGUGGACUGGCUUCAGGCUCAGCUGGACAGCGGCGGGGCCCUCCUGCUGCUCGACUGCCGCGCCCGCGAGCUCUUCGAGGCUGCGCGCAUCGAGGGCGCCGUCAACGUCUCGCUGCCCACGCUCAUGCUGCGACGUCUGCGGCGGGGCAACCUGCCGGUGCGUUCGCUCUUCGGCAACGGCGAGCUGGAGAAGGAGCGCGUCGCGUGCCGUUGCCGGAGCGAGGUUGUGGUGCUGUACGACGACCGGGAGUGCGACGUCGACGGAGGUGGGAAGGAGAAGGAGGCUGCGGGUGGUGGAGGUGGUGGAGGUGGAGGUGGUGGUGGCAACCACGAAGAGUCGGAAGGGUGCAUCGGAGACGCGGACGGCGAUGGAGAGAAGUGUGGGUCGCUGCUGAGGCUGCUGCUGCAGAGGCUAUCUGAAGACGGAUGCAAGGCGUUCUACCUUCAAGGGGGAUUCAGUGGUUUCCGGGCGCGCUACCCCGAGCACUGUGAGACGUGCGUGGACGCGGGAGCCGGGAGCCCCGGGGGACUCUGCACGUCACCCCCCACCGCCGCGGUCCCCAUCUUGGGCCUGGGCGCCCUACGCAUCGGUUCCAGCGACUGCUCUGACACGGAAUCCGACCCGGACUCGAGCAAGCCCUGCUCGCUCGGAGCAGGGAGCGUUAUGGCUGGCGACUCCUCCGAAGGAAGCCCGGGGGAUUCGGACCUUGGACACCAGCACCACCACCACCACCAUCAGCAUCAUCAUCAUCAGCAGCAUCAGAGCGGAGAGGGGCCUGGAGGGUGCCCAUCAGGGGGUUCACCCUCCUUCCCCGUGGAGAUCCUGCCCUACCUCUACCUGGGCUGCGCACGUGACUCUACGAACCUGGCAGCUCUGGCCGAGCACGGCAUCCGCUACAUCCUCAACGUGACGCCCAACGUGCCCAACGCCUUCGAGUCACGCAGGGACUUCGUCUACAAGCAGAUCCCCGUGCCCGACCACUGGAGCCAGAACCUGUCGCAGUUCUUCCCCGAGGCGAUCGCGUUCAUCGACGAGGCCCGGCAGAAGAAGUGCGGCGUCUUGGUCCACUGCCUCGCCGGCAUCAGCCGCUCCGUCACGGUGACGGUCGCCUACCUCAUGCAGACGCUCAACCUCUCGCUGAACGACGCCUACGACCUCGUGCGCAACAAGAAGGCCAACAUCUCGCCCAACUUCAACUUCAUGGGGCAGCUGCUGGACUUCGAGCACACGCUGGGGCUCAGCAGCAGCAGCGGCAGCAGCAGCGGCAACAGCAGCGGCAACAGCGUCGGCAGCAGGGGCAGCCCGCCCUGCGACAACCGCCCGGGCGCGACGAAGGGCGGCGGAGAGGGCGGGGCGGGAGAUGGAGGCAGCGGCGGGGAGGCCGCGCUGUUCUUCACGACGCCCACGAACCACAACGUGUUCAAGCUCGACUCGCUUGGCUCCGCCUGAAGAAAGCUCGACCGCUGGCUGCCCGCGGCGGUUGUCUUUCUAUCUGCCUCCUCCUGCCGCGUCCGUUGCCGUGGUCUCGCGGCCGCCGACGGGGGUACCCGAGGCGGUUCGAGAGCGUGGUGGUGGUGGUGGUGGUGGGGGGGGGGGUGCGUUCAUCGCUUGGCCCAACGGCGAUGAAGCCGCUUUGGUCACGUGAGGUUCGGUGUGGAAAAUGGAAGUAGGAAGUUGUGAUGGCGAAUGUAAAGAAAAAUACAAUUACGAAGGCAAUGGGAUGAAAAUGGUUAAUGAAUUAGAAAGUGCGUUUUUUUUAACGGCGAUUGGUUAGCUCCUCGUAGAUGGCUUGGCGUGGCUUCCUGUCGUGGGAGAAUCCUGGACGUAGGAGAUUGGUACUGUUACCAGUCUUCAACAGGUCAUGGGGUAACCAUGAAGUCAUUUGUGUGGGCUCUACCAUUUCUGGAGGCCUCGUAAUUUUUUUUUACCUGUGACGAAAGAAGCAACAUUUUGCUUAAAAUGUCUCUGUAACGUGCUAUCACGUUUUGCUACUUUUUCUUGACCGCUAACGAAAUUCAAGACACGUGUAAAUAAAAGAGACCAGAUAUACGUGUAAAAAAAUGUACUUUUAACACAAAACGUAUAUGUGAAACACAUUACUUUUUUGAGCUGCGUUUGGUUGGAAGAGUUAAGUUGCCAUGAGAGGAACGUAGAGGACAUUUGAAGACUUUGGGUCCUUGCGUCUUCACAUGGCACCACCCGAUUAGCACGGUUGGCUACGUACGGUGCGAAAGAAAUUAAACAUGUGUACGUACGUGGUGACAACGAAGCAUUUUUCAGUUCAUCGUAUUCCUGUUUGCGCUUCCUUCGUGUGCAAGAUGCCACCCACCGACUCCCACCUCUGUGGUCGCCUAGUUCACAAUGCGCUGUGCGGCUGAUCAAAAUAAAUAUUACGUGAACUAGCAUUUACAAUUGCUGCAGAGAACGCUAGGGGAUGUUUUCUAUUCGUUUUUAAUGUUGUGGCCCAAAUUUUGAAGAUGAUUAAUUGAACACUAUUGAGCAUUAUUAAUCGGUUCAUGUUUAUUUGACAAUGUUCUGAAUGUUAAUUUUUUUUUAAAUGUUUAAAAUAGUGUUUUACAAGUGGAGCAUUAUUAAUGGGGCAGGUGUUUUGCAACUGCUUGAUUAAAAAAAUAUAUAUACAUACAACGUAGUGCAGAUGUAAGCCUUCGCUGUAAUUUUGUAUUUGCUUAAACACACAAGUUGCCAUAUGCUUUGAAAUUGAAUUUGAAAUCAAACAUGUUUUUGCCAAGCUGGCUAAUCGUAAAUGUCGAAGCUUCAAAGGUAAAGUGUGUUGUGGUAUAGUGAUUAUUCAUCACAUUUUAAAGAAAAAUUAACCAGCCUCCAGGUUUUAAUUGCAUUUUGUUGAUCAUUUGUCAAAACACUGUACAUAACCAUUGACGCCUUGAUAUUAAUUGUACGCAUGAUUGUAGCUAGAACUUCAAAAUAUCCCUUCAGCCUAUUGCAUUUCUUCGUAUUUAUUUUUCUUUCAGGAAAAGUUCAAAGCAAACAUUUAUUUUUAAACGUGGUUGAUCAUGCAGGCCGUUGAAUAUAAAUGUUUUCAAAAAUUAGUAACGAUUCCUUUUUAACGCACUGCGUUGUGUUUAUAAUUGUUUUAAAUAAGUGGCCCAAUUAACGUCUCAAAUAUGCGACGAAGUUUUACUCCCUGCUGUCUGCCGAUACGGAUUAAAGAUCUUUAGUACCGUAUCUGCAGAUUAAAAAAAAUAAUAAUGUUGCUUCCCAAAACUUACGCGUAAAAAAUAUAUUCGUGGGCCUUGUAAACCAUGCUCAUUUGAACGAUUAAAACUAAAGAUUUGUUAAUCGUCUAGUUUUUUUAAUUACCGUUAAUUAACCCACAGAUUAUUGCAAUGGGUAAAAAAAAAAAACAAGUGAAAUGUAGAAAAAAAAUACUUCCUAUUAACUUUUCAGCCAAAAAGAAUUUGCCAACUUUUGUUGUUGUUGUUGCUCGCUAUGCCGCGAUUAUCUUGACAUCGUAAUGGCAGUGCGUAGCCGAGAUUUAUGAAAGAGAAAAAAUAUCAGCAACUUCGUGCUCUGCUAGCCAUUGAAGUUAUAAUCCGCGUGUCAGACAACUGACGUACGUAGCCACUGCGAGGUUAUCUCUUGCCGCGAACGCAGCCUCGGAGUGCGUGGGUUUAUUUUAUUUUGGGCAGUGGUGGCUGCUGCUGUCUUGGCCCUUGUGACUGGCUGUCCAACUUGGCACAUUCCAAUUAAAAAGUGUUGAUAUACUGGCAAGACAAUCGUACAGAAAAAAAACCAUUUUGUAUUUUCUUUCCAUAAUCUUCCGCAGGCGGAGGUGAUAAUGUAUAUUUUUUUCUUCUCGACUUUUUUUGAAUGCGCGGUGUAGGGAUAAUUGAUGCUUUUUAAGGAAACUGAAAGGCCAUGUUUGUAUAUAUUUAUACAUUAUAUAUAAAAUGGUAUUUCGGUGAACACGAAGGUACUCGUAAUAAAUAUGAUUGUUUGCUCUUAAGAGAAUAAAAGGACCCGGCUGUGUAGUUUGCAUGUGCCCCCUCCGCAGGUUCACCCUGCCGCUCCGCGCUAAACGGACCGACGUACAUUUUUAUGAAAUAGCCGCAAGUCGAAAUAACGGCUUGGCUCCACGUAUCCGUACGGCGAGAAAUAAACAACCCUGGGCGAGAGACGGGAAGCGGGACUCUCCGAUUUGGCUGCCCAGCCGGUGUAAAUAGGUGCCUGCACGUGCGCGCGCCCACCUGCCCGUGACCUCCUCUCCAACCCGUUCAGUCUCGUCCGGAACAGGGCCUGCUCGAGCUGAUGUGACAGAGGCAGCGCAGUUAUUACCUUCAUCUGGGUCCCAGCGAGGCAGGUGGGCUUGUGCCACCACCACCCCCACACCCCAUGCCCCCCCCCCCCCCCCGCAAACGGUUCCUCUUGUUCGUCGCACGCCGGACUCAAUCGGCAACGUCCCGUCGAGGCCGAGGGGGCACGUGCUGUGUGCCUGCUUCUUUGGUUGCCAACAGCACGGUGCCCAGAUCGCGCGCUGCUCUCGUCUCCAUUGUGACAAUACCGGCACCGCAGUUUACUCUGGAGAAAAAGAAAAAAAAAACACCUCCAAGUGGCUUAUUUGGUCGUAGUUUAGUUGUUCUUGAAUUUCACUUUCCUUCCUGUCGUUUUCCCUCUUGGUACAGCCCAGUGCAUCCUGUUAAUGUGAUACCAGAGUCGAGGUUUGGCAUUGGGUUGGUCACUUGCCUGGGUUCAGUUACUGUUUUCAAGGAUGUGAAAGUGCUAUUUGGUGACCUUGAUACGUACAACUUUCUUGCCUUUUUCCAAAGUGAAGCGAUUUUCUAUAAGUGUGUAAUUUUAAAGACAAUUGGCUUUAAAACAUGACUUGCCUUUAUCACUCAACCAAUCACUUAAAUUGCAGAUUUUAAGCAGUAACCUUUAGGCUCAACAAUGGCGUAACAACCUCGCAAUGUCGCAACUAAAUAUAAAGUUGAUAUUUGAUGUUUAAAGCGCAGACGGCAGCACUUGGUGUAAUGUGAGCUCUUAACAUGAAAGAGUGCAAGGUGGAAAUGAUAAUUUUAAGAGAAGCUUGCUUGCCAGAGGAUAAACAUUCUCUCGGGUGGGAUAAAAAUGAAAACAGCUUUGAAAAUUAUUGCGUUUUCGGGAAUAUUUCUUGUUCCUUCCAAAUAUAUAUUUUACGCACAACUGUUUUUGUUUUAAACGGAACGUUCAGGUGUUAAGACGUUGACCCGUUUAGUCCAUUUCACGAUGAGCAUUAAGAGGAUGAAGUACUUGGCCGAGGUGUGUGGUUUUUUAAAAAUGGUUGGACUUUCAAAAGUGCGCGCUGCAAAUUUAUCGCAUUUCACCACGGUGCAUGGAGAGGAUCGUGGUGACGUUUCAAACACAACUGCCUUUUUUUCUCCCAAUCUUUCACCGAUCUUAAUCCUCGUCAUUGUUGGCAGCCGCCAAGUCUUGCGAGAAUUAACGGCGUUUAUUACGUGAUUAUUAGCAUUGUGUCAGUGCUUCGACAGCUGUGCGUGCUGAAAAAUUGUGUUUAUGGCGGUUAAAACAAACGUGUUUGUGAGUGUGCCAUUAUAGACUUUGGUUUUUUAAUGGUUUUACAAAUUAAAACAUGGCACCAUUUGACCAACACUUUAAGUUUUACAGUGUCACGUUUAUCCUACUAAAAAUGUUGAUUGGAUUGUAAUUGAAAAAAAAGUAUACGAAGUGUAGCACUUACAAAAAAAGGCGUAUUUUCAAGCAAGUACUUGCAUGCAUGCUCAUGAUGUGAUCGCAACACGAAUUGUCGUGCGUGAACGAUAACGUGACCGUAAAAGUCCAUGCCCCCCCCCCAAACCAAAACAUUCGGUGAUUGUUACAUCACAACGCGCCACCAUUUCUAGGUCGACGCGCAACUUCCAACGAUAGCGAUGGGGGGGGGUAAUAAAAAGUACGGACCACCUGGGCAGCAUGACGCUCAGUCAUGUUGUCUAAAAGUCCGACGCGGUUUUUUUGUUGUUGUUGCGCGCAGCUGGAGGCGGCUCCUAGAUGCGAUCGCAGUUUCUGUCCCCCGUUGCACAGUUGGCGCCCCAUCCCUCCUGUUGACCACCACGCCUGCUGUGGCCAAAUUGCGAAAUCUUUCGGCGGUCAAAGGUGGCCUCGGUUCGUCGUCCCGCCGCCGAAACUCGGACGCGGACCGAUAACGUCAGCGACGCGGAAACGUUACAGUGCAUGCCGGUUGCUAUAUCUGAUAUGAUGUAAUGCUGGUGAGAGUUGAGUUCUUUUGGGGGGGGGGGGGGGGGGGGGGGAGGUGAGGAGGCAUGGCCGUUAGAAAUCUGUGGAAGCCCUCACUUUUUGGGGAAUGGUACUUUUGCUAUUGCUCCCGAGUGCGUCGUUGUUGUCUUGGGCGAGUUUAAUGGUUGUGGGUUGACGUUUUUGCUGUUACCCUACGUAAUUCCAUUUAAGACAUGAUGAUUAUUUUUUAUUUAAGCUAAAUAACCUGAGAACUUCCAUAUAUUUCUAAUCGUCCCGAUCAUAACGUGUGGCAUAAAGAGAUGCGUAGGCAAAUGUUAAACCUUGAAUAUUAACUUAAGUGACGCCAGCCAUUCGUACUUUGAAACAAUCGGAAAUCACAACACGGAGUUUAAUGCCAUCAUUGUUUAUAUUUCAAAUGUUCAUUAUCAAGUACCAAAACUUGUGCCACACUGAAGUAAAGUGUGGAUGACAAUGGAUUUAUAAUUCCUUUUGAUGGUAAAAGCUUCCUUUAAACACUUUUUUUUUCCGGGGCCGCAACAUUUUUUUAAAGCGAGGCAAUGUUGUUCAUACGGUCUUGUGAAAGGUAGCACUCGCAUAUGAGAGUAUUUUGUUUAAAAAAAAAAUUCCAUUCACGCAGUAAACUGCCAAACUUACGUAUAAGUUUUGCGCAGGAAAUUGGCAACACACACUUUCUGGCGCUGUACAAAGUUAAUAUUGCUCGUCAACAGAAUGUCCCUAACGCAAGUGUUUUGAGUGCGUGCAUUGCAGUAAAUCCACACUGCUGCAAAUGGCUCUUAUUGGUAAAUAGUAUUGGUGCUUUCAAACACAACUUCUUCGUACAACUGAGCAGCCUGCUUCAGGUCAACAUAUACGUAUAUAUAUUUUUUUGUAAAUCUCUUCUGGAAAACUUGGAGGCAGCGUAAUCUCUGGAAUCCGUUGCGAAAAAGUGUUGGAGUCCUUUUUCUGUAUCACGAUGCAGUGCUUUUUAAGCGCCAUGGAAUUUGUUAUGAUAUUUUGUCCUGAAAAUGAGAAUAAAAAUGCCUUCGAUGCCAUUA